AUGGAGUUUUUAACCUUUUCUCCAGAGAACCACUGCUUUUCAGAACUACUUGACGGCAGCGACGGGGAUGAAGAGGAAAUUCUUGUCUGUGGAGAAGAUUUAGAGCUUAAUCCUUUUGAUGGCUUGCCUUACUCCUCCCGUUAUUAUAGACUGAUGAAAGAGAGAGAAGAGCUUCCAAUAUGGCAAGAAAAAUGUGCUUUCAUGGAAAGUUUGCUUCAUAAUCAAAUUGUGAUUGUGUCAGGAGAUGCUAAGACUGGCAAGAGCUCCCAGGUCCCUCAGUGGUGUGCGGAGCACUGCCUGGCCCUGCAGGCCCGCGGGGCCGUGGUGUGCACGCAGGCGCUGCGCCAGGCCGCCGUGGCGCUGGCCCUGCGCGCCGCCGACCAGAUGGACGUCGGCGUGGGCCACGAGGUGGGCUACUGCGUCCCCUUCGAGAGCUGCUGCGCGCCGGAGACCAUCCUCAGGUACUGCACAGAUGAGAUGCUCCAGAGGGAAAUGAUGUCCACGCCCCUCCUGAACUCCUACAGCGUCAUCGUCUUGGACGACGUGCACGAAAGGACUGUGGCCACAGAUGCCCUGCUUGGCCUUCUGAAGGAGGUCUUGGCAGCCAGAGCAGAGCUGAGGCUGGUGCUCCUGACUGCCCCCCAGAUGUGCAGCACCCUGCAGGGCUUCUGUGGCGAUGUGCCCGUGCUGCGCGUGCGGGGCAGGCACCGCGCCCAGGCCGUGUUCUCCUGCAGCGCCCACAGGGACCCCUUCCUGCCCGCCCUCAGGCUGCUCCUGGAGAUCCACCACACCAGGGAGAAGGGUGACAUUGUCGUCUUCCUGGCAUCUGAGCAAGAAAUUGAAAAAGCUUAUCAGAUGAUCAGGCAGGAACAACCCAAUUUAAACCCUGACCUUGGAGAACUCAUCCCCAUCCCUUUGUACCCCACAAAACAAGACCUGACUCCCAAACUAAUUCAAAACAAGCAGAAAUGCUACAAAAAAUACAGGAGGAAAGUGCUACUCACCACCAGCUCUGGAGAACCUCUGAUCUGGACUAAAAACGUGACUUUUGUCAUCGAUGUUGGUGUGGAGAGAAGAAAGGUGUACAAUCCUAGAAUCAGAGCAGACUCUGUUCUAACCCAGCCUAUCAGCCAAAGUCAAGCAGAGGUGCAUAAACAAAUUCUGGGCAUGUCUCCAUCAGGGAAAAUCUUCUGCUUUUAUCCUGAAGAAUUUACAUACAAGGAAAUGAAGCCAGAAAUUCCAGCUAAAGUUCAGGAAUCCAAACUCACCAGCUUGGUCCUGUUCCUGAAGAGGAUGGACAUAGCAGGCUUUGCACACUGUGACUUCAUCAGCAGCCCAGCUCCUGAAAGCCUGAUGCAGGCUUUGGAAGACCUGGAUUAUCUGGCAGCACUGGACAACGAUGGAAACCUCUCUGAAUUUGGGAUUAUUAUGUCAGAAUUCCCCCUGGACCCUCAGCUGUCCAAGUCACUGCUGGCUUCGUGUGAAUUUGAGUGUGUGGAUGAGAUGCUCACCAUUGCAGCCAUGCUCACAGCUCCCAGCUGCUUCCUGCACGCCCCUCCUGGCACAGAGGAGAUCGCUCGGAGCCGCUGGCGCCGCUUCUCCCACCCUGCAGGAGAUCACUUCACCCUCAUCAACAUCUUCAACGCCUUCAAGGCAGCCACUGCCAGCCCCACACACCCAGACCUCAGCAGUGAGCAAUGGAGCCGUGAUUAUUUCCUGAGCUGCUCUGCUCUGAGCAUGGCAGAGACGAUCAGAGCCGAGCUGGUGGAGAUCAUGAAGCGCAUUGAACUUCCCAUCUCAGAGCCAGACUUUGGAUCAGAAGCAAAUCUACUAAGCAUUAAGAAAGCUCUUUUAUCUGGUUACUUCAUGCAUAUUGCUCGUGACGUGGAUGGCUCAGGGAACUAUUUAAUGUUAACACACAAACAAGUGGCCCAGCUCCACCCCUUCUCAUCCUAUCACAACAGCAGGAGGAUUCCAGAGUGGGUUUUAUUCCAUGAGUUCAGCAUCUCAGAGGGAAAUUCCAUCAGAGUCGUCUCUGAGAUCUCCCCCCAUCUAUUUGCAGAGCUGGUACCUCAGUAUUAUUUCAGCAAUCUUCCUCCAAGUGAAAGCAAGGAUAUUCUUCAGGAAGCAAUCAAUCACUUGGCACCUGUUUCAGCCACAAAGGAGGAACAGCAAACUGCCAGUGACAGCGAAGAAAAUGAGGAAUUUCCCCAAACUCCCCCUGAGCAGAGCUGUGUUAUUCAGUGA